AUGGCCAAGUUUUCGGUGUUAUUUUGUCUGAGCUUGAGCUUGUUGAUGAUUUUUGGGUUUUUCACUACCGGCUCUGCAACAAAGGAAGAGAUCGGGAUAUUUGAGCUCAAGAAAGGAAAUUUGUCUAUGAAAGUUACUAAUUAUGGAGCACGUGUCAUCUCCUUUGUUCUCCCUGAUAAAUACGGAAACUUAGCUGAUGUUGUUCUUGGCUAUGAUACUAUUAAGGAAUACCUGAAUGAUUCGUCUAGCUUUGGAGCCAUUGUGGGACGAGUUGCUAAUAGAAUUUCUGGUGCUCAGUUUACUCUGAAUGGAACUCUAUAUAAACUAGUUGCUAAUGACGGGAAGAAUACGCUUCAUGGUGGCUCUAAAGGAUUCAGUAAGGUUGUUUGGAAAGUGAAAAAGUACAGCCCAGAAGGAUUUACUCCUCACAUUGUCUUUGCAUAUCACAGUUUUGAUGGUGAAGAAGGAUUCCCCGGUGAUCUCCAUGUGAUUGUGGAAUACAAGCUCCUUGGAGACAACAAAUUGAGCAUAAAAAUGAAAGCAAAAUCCCUAAACAAGGCUACUCCAGUCAAUCUAGCCAACCAUGCCUAUUGGAACCUAGGUGGCCACAAUAGUGGUGAUAUAUUGUCAGAGGAAAUUCAGAUCUUUUCUUCGCACUACACUCCUGUUGACAGUGAGCUCAUUCCUACUGGAAAGAUAGUGACAGUGAAAGGAACACCCUUUGAUUUUCUCAGACCCAACACCAUUGGAAGCAGGAUCAACAAACUCGCUAAUGGCUAUGACAUCAACUAUGCACUUGAUGGAAGUGCAAAAGAGAAGUUUAAUAAGGCAGCAAUUGUGCAUGAUAAGAAGUCUGGAAGAGUGAUGGAGAUAUUAACAAAUCAACCUGGUGUUCAGUUCUACACAAGCAACACUUUGAAUCAGAAGGGAAAAGGUGGAUUCGUGUAUAAACCUCAUGCAGCUCUUUGUCUAGAGACUCAAGGAUUUCCUGAUUCAGUGAAUCACCCUAACUUCCCUUCACAGAUUGUGAAUCCAGGGGUAAUUGCUGUUGAAUUAUUUUCAGGUUUGCCACAUCUACAGGAAUGUGUCAGUAAUUUAAGCCUCAGCAAGGUUGUUUCAAGAUUUGAGUGUCAUGACCCUGGUGAGGGAUUAGUCAUGGGUAAUUCCCUUAGUGGCACUAGCUCUAUGCUUGCACCCUAUGAUGAUUGA